AUGGAGCAUGCCAUGGUGAGCGUUGCGACGGGUGUUGCGAGUGCCGUACUCGAGAAGAUCUCCACCCUGAUGGAGAAGGAGUACAGCAAGCUGAAGGGUGUGCGCGACGAGAUUAUCUCCCUCAAGGACGAGCUAAGCAGCAUGAAUGCUUUCCUCCUGAAGCUGUCAGAUAUUGAAGAACUCGAUGUUCAGGUCAAGGAAUGGAGGAUCCAAAUCCGAGAGCUCUCCUACGACAUCGAGGAUUGCAUUGACGGUUUCAUGCACCGAGUCAAUUGUAGCUCAGACAGCUCUAAUACGAAAUGUUUCUUCAGAAAGGUAAUUCACCAGGUGAGGACACUUGGAGCUCGUCACGCAAUCUCGAACGACAUACUGAAGCUGAAGGCUCGCGUUGAUAGCGCAAGUGAGCGAUUCAAGAGGUACAACAUUGAUCCAGCCAUCACAAGUUCUAGUGCUAUUGUACCUGUUGACCCUCGGUUACCAGCACUAUAUGCAGAGGCAGAAAGCCUAGUUGGUAUUGAUGAACCAACCAAUGAUAUCAUCAAGUGGUUGACAGAAGGGGAUGGUGACUUGGUUCAAAAGCUAAAGGUAGUAUCCAUUUGGGGACCCGGAGGUUUAGGGAAGACCACUCUUGCCCGUCAAGUAUAUGACAAAAUUGGAAGACAAUUUGAUUGCCAAGCAUUUGUGUCAGUGUCCCAGAAACCUGAUAUGAGAAAAGUAUUCAGAAAUAUACUAAUUAGUGUCACCGGGGUGGAGUACAUAGGAAUUGAAGCAUGGGAUGAGGAGCGGCUCAUCAACAAACUGAGGGAUUUCAUCAAUUGUAGAUUGUUUCAGUUGAAAUACCUAAGGCUCAGUGAAGUAAGUAUCAGCAAGCUUCCUGAGGAAAUAGGCGAACUACAACAACAGGAGACACUAGAGCUAGAGCAUACUAAGAUAAAUGGAUUACCCAAAAGUAUUACUCGGCUUAAGAAUCUGAUGUUUUUACGUGCUGAUUACACGAGCCUGCCAGAAGGAGUUGGAAAUAUGAAGGCUUUGCAGAAACUGUCAUGGAUAAAAGUUAACACUAGUGCCCCAUCAACGACGUUGCAUGAAAUGGGCAGUUUGACUGAACUAAGAUAUCUUGAUAUAAAUUGGUGCAUUGGUGAUAUGUGCAGUGAUAUGAAAAGUUACACAGAAAGCUUUGGUUCAUCCAUCAUCAAGCUCUGCAAGCACAAGCUUCAGUAUCUGCGUAUCCGAUCAGAAGGCAGUCAAGGAUGCUCUCUCGGUUUCUUGUUGAAUUCUUGGUCCUGUCCUCCUCAUCUCCUUCAGAAGUUUGAUAUGUACACAGAAUACUAUUUUCCAAGAAUUCCAGACUGGAUAGCCUCGCUUUCUAAGGUCACAUUCCUAGAUAUUAAGGUUAAUCCUGUGGACGAGGAGGCUUUUAGGAUUCUUGGGAACUUGCCUUCUCUCAUUACUCUCUGGCUGUGGACAAAAACAGUAGUCUCCAAGAGAAGAUUUAUCAUACAUAAUGUUGGAUUCAAACAUUUGAAAGAAUUCUACUUUGGUUUUUGGAGGAUUGAGAUGGGGCCAAUAAAAUUUGAGGUUGGGGCCAUGCCUAAGCUUCAGAAGUUUCUUUUUGACAUAAAAGCACAAGGAGCAGGUCCUCCAUCUGGAGAUUUUGACAUAGGCAUUGAACACAUAUCUUCCCUCAGGCAUCUCCGUAUCGGUAUAGAUUGUAUAGAUGCAAGACCUUGUGAGGUUGAGGUCACAGAGGCUGCUGUCAGGAAUGUUACCAGUGUCCUUCCCAGCAAUCUCCAAGUUGAAAUCGAAAGACACAGGGCAGGACAAAUGGUAAAAGAAAAGAUGGGGAGCACAGAUCAUGAUGGUGAACAAAACAGGGGUAUUGGUAAGCAUCAGGAACAGGCAGUAGAAGAUGGAAGCUCACUCAAGACAAGAAAGAAAAUUCUAGAGCGUGUAAGUAAGCAUAGCUUUUUGAGAUAA